AUGGGUUCCUCUCCAUUCACAAUGAGGUCAAUCUUGGCUCUCUUUUUGCUUGUCAUUCAACUCGCUACCGCCCUGAAAUUUGACCUCCCUGCCUCCUCCGCCAACGGCAAGAAUGAGCGAUGCAUCCGCAACUUCGUCUCAAAGGACCAGCUGGUCGUAGUCACUGCCGUCGUGAGCGGUUCCAAGGGUGACGGCCAGCGCGUCAACAUGCACAUUAAGGAUUCCAUGGGCAACGACCACGGUCGUCCAAAGGAUAUUGUCGGUGAGGUCCGUCAGGCCUUCACCUCAGCCGCCGAUACUGCUUUUGAUGUGUGCAUGGAGAACCAGCUCGUCGGUCGUAACGCCAUCGCCAACCCUACCCGUGAAAUCGAACUUGACGUUGAGAUCGGUGCCGAUGCCCGCGACUGGAACAGUAUUCAGAUCCAGGAGAAGCUUAAGCCCGUUGAGACAGAUCUGCGUCGCAUCGAAGAGAUGGUUGCCGAUAUCGUUACUGAAAUGGAUUACCUCCGCACACGUGAGCAGCGUCUCCGUGAUACGAACGAGAGUACCAAUGAGCGCGUGAAAUGGUUUGCGUUUGGUACUAUGGGUAUGCUGGUUGGAUUGGGUGCGUGGCAGGUUGUCUACCUCCGUGCUUACUUCCGGUCUAAGCAUCUUAUUUAA